GGCCGCCCGGUUCCGCGCCUGCUCAGUGGCGGCGGCGCUCACCUAGCGCGGAGCUGUCACUGCCGCCGGCUGCUCCUGCCCCGCCGCAGCGAUGGAGCGCAACUCCGCCACGCUGCCGGCACCGCUGUCGCCCAGAUCCAGUCUUGCUUAUGGAAAUGUUGAAGAUUUGAGAGCAAUGAAAAAACACUUUUGCUUGCAAAAAAUGAAUCUUUUGGUCCACGUGUAAGUGUCGCACUUGGUGACUCACCUGCAAAAUUUCUUGGCUGACAUCUGAAGACCAAAGUGCUUUUCAACCUGUACUUCUGUAGCACUAUGACUAACUGUAAAGGCAGAUCUACCAUCUCCAAAACAAAUAGCAAAGUCCAUGACAGAGAAGGCUUUGUAAACUGGAUCAUAAAUCUUAAUACAAUUCAGUCUGAUAAAUUUUUGAGGCUGCUUUUAAGUAUGGUUCCUGUUCUUUACCAAAUAAACCAAGAGGAAAGACACAAAAAGGUGAAUGGUGUCUGGCAAGAUGGAUUGCAACCAGCAGGACACAAUUUCAAUGUCAGGUCUGAACAACAUUCAGAGUACCAUUACUUCUCAGAAGCAAGCUUUCAUGGUAGCAGUGGACACAGCCCAUCCAGCUGUAACCCUAAAUAUGAUGGUUUUACCAGUUACAAUUACUGUGAUGGAAUGGACGCUUCAGAAACAGAUGCCAUGUUGCAGGAUGACACUCUCUCUAGUGACAGUAAUGAGGAUAUCAUUGUGGAAGGAAGUAGAAAACAACCCAAAGAAUCUAGUAGUAUUAUGGCACUGCAGAUACUUGUACCUUUUUUGCUGGCAGGGUUUGGAACUGUUUCUGCUGGCAUGGUUUUGGAUAUUGUACAGCACUGGGAUGUGUUCAAGAAUGUUACUGAAGUCUUUAUCUUGGUUCCUGCGCUUCUUGGUCUCAAAGGAAAUUUGGAAAUGACCUUGGCAUCCCGGCUGUCAACUGCUGUAAAUAUUGGAAAAAUGGAUUCUCCCAUUGAGAAAUGGAACCUAAUAAUUGGCAAUUUGGCCUUAAAACAGGUUCAGGCAACAGUAGUUGGUUUUCUGGCAGCAGUGGCAGCAGUAAUAUUGGGCUGGAUUCCAGAGGGCAAAUACCGCUUUGAUCAUUCAGUCCUUUUGUGUUCUAGCAGUGUAGCAACUGCCUUUAUAGCUUCUCUUUUGCAAGGAGUAAUAAUGGUUGGAGUUAUUGUUGGAUCCAAGAAGACUGGUAUUAAUCCUGACAACGUUGCAACUCCUAUUGCAGCAAGUUUUGGAGAUCUCAUCACCCUUGCCAUAUUAGCAUGGAUGAGUCAGGGUCUGUACACUUGCCUUGAGACGUAUUACUAUGUAUCUCCUUUGGUUGGUGCCUUUUUUUUGGCUCUGACUCCAAUGGGCAUUGUCAUAGCUGCCAAACACCCAGCUACCAGAACUGUCCUCCACUCAGGAUGGGAGCCUGUUAUAACUGCCAUGAUUAUAAGCAGUAUUGGUGGCCUUAUUCUGGACACAACAGUAUCUGAUCCUAACUUGGUUGGAAUUGUUGUUUAUACCCCAGUAAUUAAUGGUAUUGGUGGCAAUCUAGUAGCUAUUCAAGCUAGCAGAAUUUCUACCUACCUCCAUUUACAUAGCAUUCCUGGAGAGCUGCCAGAGGAGGCCAAGGGUUGCUAUUACCCGUGCAGAACAUACUGUGGUACAGGAGUAAAUAACAAAUCAGCCCAAGUUCUGCUUCUCUUGGUGAUUCCUGGACACCUGAUUUUCUUGUACACUAUCCACUUAAUGAAAAGCGGACAUACUUCCUUAACCCCCAUCUUUAUAGCAGUCUAUUUGUUUGCAGCUCUGCUGCAGAUUUUCAUCCAAAAUCAUAUAGCACAGGAGUGCUGUUUGCCCCAAGUUUUAGAGAAGAAGAAAAGAAAAGAAAAGAAAAGAAAAGAAAAGAAAAGAAAAGAAAAGAAAAGAAAAGAAAAGAAAAGAAAAGAAAAGAAAAGAAAAGAAAAGAAAAGAAAAGAAAAGAAAAGAAAAGAAAAGAAAAGAAAAGAAAAGAAAAGAAAAGAAAAAGAAAAGAAAGAAAGAAAGAAAGAAAGAAAGAAAGAAAGAAAGAAAGAAAGAAAGAAAGAAAGAAAGAAAGAAAGAAAGAAAGAAAGAAAGAAAGAAAGAAAGAAAGAAAGAAAGAAAGAAAGAAAGAAAGAAAGAAAGAAAGAAAGAAAGAAAGAAAGAAAAUGCUGAAUAUAUUGCUACAUUAUAAUAUGUUAAUGCACUGUAUCUGAUUUUCUGGUGCUAUUCUUAGGAUAAAUACAGAAUUAAGUGGAUGAGAUUCUAUGGUCUGUGUUAGAUAGAAGGUCAGAUUUGAUAAUCUAAUGGUUGCUCCAGACCCUAAUCUGGAGAUGAAUCUUUGUAGAGCUGUGCUUUGCUCCUGAUUGCAUUCCUCCAUCAAUAGGCUAAGCACUUCCCCAUACAUUAACAUUAAUGAGAUUUUCAGACAUUUAGAGUAAGGGGAAAAACGCAGUGUUACUAUUUGCAAUUACCAAUGAGCUUGUACUACAUUAAAUUCAUUUAGAAGAUUACACUUGUGCAUUUUUAAGUGGUACUUUCCUCUCGUUCUUUUUAACAUGGAAAAAAAUGAAGAAAUUGCAUAAAAACCACAUUUACUAAGUACACAGCAACACCCCAGGGUGAGCUAUGCAUGUGCUCUGACCUGCCUGGGGGCACAUAGAAUGCAUAUUAAAUAGCAAUGCAACAGUAAAAGGGGAUUGUCUAGUUCUCAUCAAUGACAGCACCCUUUGGAAUGGCUGAUGGAUGAAGGGCCACGUAGGAAAUAGAAAGCUUGACUUCUUUUUAUUCUAUCCUACUGACUUCAGUUUACUAAAACAAACAAACAGACAAACAAACAAAAGAUAAAAGGCCAGUCUAGUGACUGUCUUAGAACAAUGCCAAGUGUAUAAAGCCCAUUUCUUCUGAAGCUAACAUACCUGAUGCACCCUAAAAAAGCUGACCUACCUGCUUCCCCCAGAGACACAGAGCCCUGCUGGCUCUCUUCAAGGGGGCAACAGCCCCCUUGACCCUGCUCAAGUGAACAACCCUCAUUGACCCUGCUCAAGUGAAAGGCCAGGUAAGGCACCUGAGAGCCUUUAAUGGAAUCCUGAAAGAACCACCAAACUCUCCUUUGCACAAAGGACAUGCUCAAGCACCAUGGAAGGCAAUCAUAGGAGCAUUUUCAAUUUUGUAUUUUGAAACCAUACAUUAACAGUGAGUUGUCUGAUGGUACUAUGGUUCCUCUUCUUUUAAAGUUACAGGCAAGGCCUUUAAGCCACAUAACAAUUUCACUCCUGAAGCUGGUAAGGGGACCUGGAGAAACAGUAAGUUUAAAUGAGGCUGGAAACACAUUUGUUUAAACUAGACACCCACUCGUCCAGGGAAAAAAGUGCAAAUGUGCUCACAGCUAAUGAGGAAAAUAUACCCCACAAAUUUAAGCAGCCAGAGAGAAGAUCCAAGGAAUGGAUAUCUUUAAACCCAUGGAUGGUGAAGGACAAGACAAACAAAUGGGGUCAUGGACUUUUCUUCCUCCAAAGCUGUAACAGAUGUGGCUACAGCAGAGUCGUGAGUGUGCAGCUGCUGCCUGGACACUGAUGGCUGUGCCCGUGCUCAUUACCAGAGGUCCCUGCUGACCCCUCAGUUCUAGAAACCACAAUAAUUAAUGGUCUAAAUCCACUUUGGGAGAGGACACUUUUAAGCCUGUGCGCCGAUUACCCUGAGAGCAGAGUGGGGAUGGUGAUAAAGUCUGUGCUCGAGUGGGUCCUCUGACAGCUCAUCUUGGACUUCAUCAGGCCAUUAAAGGUUUUGGGAAGACAUCUGAUAAAAGCAGCUGUUCUCCCCUGAAAGGACUGACACCAGAGAUGCACUUAAUAUUUUUGUUUUCCUGCAGAAGUUGUAAAGGGGAACAGAGAAGAAGGGCAUGUCAAGAUGAAAGUUUUCCUUCCUUUUCUGAUGCAGCAACCAAGGUGAACAAUGAAGCGACAUGAGCAGUGGGAGACUUCUAAGCUCAGUGGCGUUAAAAGAAGAAAAAGAAAAAAAGUAGUCUGGGGACACUCUGAUCCCAGAAGCUUCUCAUCUCCAUCAGUCCCAAAGUAACAACAAGGGAGGAAAGUCCAGCACACUCUACCCAUGUGGAUGUCUUCUGUUCAGUGGAAGGUGGGUGUGUGUGUGCAGGGGGGGCAGGAGGGUGUUUUGUGGAGAGCACUAGAGAAUAUGCAGACCAGAAAUGCAUAUGCUAACCAACUGGCAGUCAUCAACUCAUUACAGGAAAAGGUUAUUCAAGGUAAACCAGAGUAAUGAGAUGGGAGGUAUUUCCUUCUGGUUACUUAGGCACAGCAGGAUAAAGUAAUCUUUGAAGACCUUUCCAAGCUUGACGGCCAAGCAGCAAGUACAGAUUUAAACAACAGGGAAUUUUUUAUUUUUUUCUGAAUAUAAUAGUCUACUGAAAACUAGGUGCAGAGAUCAAGUCAAUUCACAUGUACCUGUACUGAAAUCAGUUUUUUAAUAGAAGAAAUACUGAAAUGUCACUCAAAAUGCCCAUUAAUUAAAUUCUCUCUCACUAUGAAAACUCUGAUGGAAACCCUCCACAUUUACCAGGCAGGGUUUCAUUUAAUUCUAUUGCAUUGCCUGCAGCUAGUUCUGUAUUACUGUAACCAGGCUCACAAUCAGCCAAUGCUGGGACUGCUAACAUAACACUUGAUCAUGGCAGACUGAAGGGCAAAAUUAUCAAAAUUAGUUUAGCAUGGAAUAAAGAGGAUAAAUAUCGUAAAUACUGUUUGCAGGCCCAUUCCUUGCUAAAUUGAUUUUUCUCUUCAACUUUGCCUUAACGAAGAUUUUGCAUCUGCCUUUAAUUCUUCAGUUACCUUUGUGUUUGGAGGUUUGGUUUGUCUUAUGCUAGAACUGUACUAAUUGCUGCAGAGCUCCCCUCAUCUGUGGUCCAUUACCUAAAAACCAGCUGACAUCCAGCUGGGUCUAUCCUGCACUGAUAAAACCAGAGCUCAUCUCCACCAAAUUCUUCUUAAUAGUAUUUGUUCAGAAGGGGUGUGUAUAGCAGCCUCAGAAACCAGAGAAAGAAAGGUCUUCAAGGGAGAACUGUCAGACAGACUAACUAUAGGAGGCACUAAUGGUCCUGGUGUGACAUCAAGAGAGUCAGUUGUCUGAAGUCUCAGUUAUUAUCAGCUGUCCUUCCCCCAGCCUAUCAAUUACACCACCUGAGUUCUAGGAGUUGUUUGUUAUUCAAUAAACAAAAUGUUUUUUAGUAUUACUUUUGUUUUCCCAGAUGCUAAAAGGGGGGGGAUUUUUGAGCAUGAGGUUAUAUGCAAGCAUGUUUUCAAUCCUGUUUUCACAUGAAAGGUGUGAAUAAGAUUCUUGAAACCUUGAUGGAGAGCCUUAAAGUUACAAACAUGGUUUAGACUAUUUUAAGACUUGGCUUUUACAAUUUGCAUCCAUAAUUACCCUACUUAGUGUAUACAUGGGCUAUACACCAAGUUCUAGAUUGUAUUCUUCAAAAUGUUCAGCAUUAGACAAUAAUGGGGAACCAGCAAUUUUUCAUACUUGACAGUCCAAGCAUUUCUCAAAUCAUCACAAAUAAUUAUUACUCUGUGCAGAUUUCUACAGAUGACAGUCAGACAAUUGUAGCUGUGCAAAUCAAAACACUGUUAUAAAAGAACAAUUGCAUUUUCAAUAAAGGGAUUUUAUUAAACUGA